AUGAUGAAGCGCACGGGAGUCCCGCGGCUCGGGCCGGACGAGCCCGCGCCCAUGACGCCGCAACAGCCUGCUCAGAUACAACAGCCAGGCACAAGCACAAUGCACUCGAUGCCGCAGACAGCACAACCGCAAAUCCUAGGGACGGGCGCGAUGCUGUCGGUGGGCGGAGGGUUCGGUCGCGGCGCCGCUCGCCCGGGCGUGCCGCCGCCCGUCAUCAACUACAUGAAGCCGCAGCCCGUGCAGUACGCGCCCACCAAGCAGCCGCCGCCGCCGCAAGUACCGCCCAGGAUUAAGCAACAACCAGGUGUAGUGCCGGGCGGAGGAGGGCGACAAUCUCCCGGCCCGCAGGCGCAGUUCCAGCGACUGAAGGUAGAAGAUGCGCUGUCGUACUUGGACCAGGUCAAGUACAAGUUUAACACGCAGCCACAGGUGUACAACGAUUUCCUCGACAUCAUGAAGGAGUUUAAGAGCCAGACAAUCGACACCCCUGGGGUCAUCACUCGGGUGUCGAACCUAUUCAAAGGCCACCCGGAGCUGAUCGUCGGCUUCAACACAUUCCUCCCACCUGGGUAUAAGAUCGAAGUUCAGAGUAAUGGACAGGUGUCUGUGUCUAUGCCGUCACCGACGGGGCUGGGCGGCGGCGUGCUGCUCAGUACGUUGCACCACGCGCCGCAGCAGCCACAGCUGGUCCAUAUACUACCUGUGCCGCAGUCGGUGAGCAACGCGAUCGUGCACAACUUGUCAGUGUCUGCACCGGGCGGCGGCGUUGGGGUAAACGCGGCUCCGCCACCCGCGCCAGCUCCCGGUGGAGCGGCGGGCGUGAGCUCCAGCGCGCCCGCGCCGCCCGGCCAGCCCGUCGAAUUCAACCAUGCAAUAGAGUACGUCAACAAAAUCAAGUCGCGGUUCUCCCGACAGCCGGAUAAGUACAAGCGAUUUCUGGAGAUCCUGCAUGCGUAUCAACGCGGUCAUCGAGAUCUGAAAGAGCCACAGGCGAAGCAGCAAACCGAGCAGGAGGUUUACUCGCAGGUGGCUAAGCUAUUUGAAAACCAGGAAGACUUACUUGCAGAGUUUGGUCAAUUCCUGCCUGAUGCUAAAGCUGUAACUAAGCCGCCGGACAGGCCGCCUACGCCGCCCUUGCAGAGCUCGUAUGAUAAAAUGGUGAUAUUUCAGCAACAGCAGCGAGUGGAAAGCAGUGAUCUGGAGCGCGUGACGGUCGCGCCGCCGCCUUCUCCGCCGCACCACCUUGCGGCGCUACACCACGCGCAGGUCGAUUCCAAAACAUACAAACGCAGCACCUAG